UGGUAAGAAAUCUACCUUGAACAAAGGCUGUAGCUUGUUGAGUUAGAUCUUAGCCACUAGAAAGUGUGUUUUACUUUUAUUUACUUGUACUUGAACUCACAUAAAAUCACUUUUGAGUAAAUACACUUGUUUUCUUUUAACCUAAACCAUUCCAGUGCUGUGAUUGUUAAUGCCAGUUAAAAUAAGCUGCGCAUUGUCUCUACAAAGGGACAACAAACCUUUUUUACUUCUGUGUGUUCCAGGAGAGGACUAGACACUUCAGGGCUGAUGGUUUUGGGGAAAAUCAGACUGGGGUGUGUUGGGGUCAUCCUGCAAGUAGUAACCCAGGCUGGUGCAGACCAUGUGCUCAUGUUCUCAGACCUUGGAGGAAUCCUACAUUUCUCUUUCAGGUCUGGAAGAGGACGAAAGUUAAGUGGAGACCAAAUAACUUUGCCAACUACAGUGGAUUAUUCAUCUGUUCCUAAACAGUCUGAAGUAGAAGAUUGGACUUCAUGGGAUGAAGAAGCACCAACCAGUGUGAAGAUUGAAGGAGGUAAUGGGAACGUGGCCGCACAACAGAAUGCUUCAGAACAACUGGAGCCUGAUUAUUUUAAGGACAUGACGCCAACUAUAAGGAAAACACAGAAAAUUGUUAUUAAAAAAAGAGAACCUUUACAUUUUGGGAUCCCAGAUGGAAAUGCAGGAUUUUCUAGUAGAUUAGCAGCCACACAAGAUAUUCCUUUUAUUCACCAGUCUCCUGAACUAGGAGACUUGGAUACUUGGCAGGAAAAUACUAAUGCCUGGGAAGAAGAAGAAGAUGCUGCCUGGCAGGCAGAAGAAGUACUUAGGCAGCAGAAGAUAGCAGAAAGGGAAAAGAGAGCAGCAGAACAACAAAGGAAGAAAAUGGAGAAAGAGGCACAAAGGCUAAUGAAGAAAGAGCAGAACAAAAUUGGUGUAAAACUAUCCUAACACAAGCAGUUCUAGGAUGACUGUACCAGCAGGAAGGAGAAUCCCAGUUUUACAACAUAAAGCAUCAUUUGUAUUGAUUUAAGUAUUUUUAGAACUCAACUCACUGCUUGAUUUUAAUGCAUUCUUCAGGCCAUCUUGGAAGCUCGAAUUCUCCCAUAAAGUAUCUUGAACUAUUAGUAGAUGGAUCUUAAAAAUAAAACACCAACCCUGCAAAUCAUACCUUGAUGGAACAAUGUUUCCUGCAAUAGCGCUAUUCCAGCACUGCCCCCUUAUACAAGAACAGUGAUUGCUGCAGUGACAGUCUGAUGGUGGGGACAUAAACUCUAACAUAUGGUUGAAGCUUAAAGAAAAAAGGGUGUAAAUAAUUCAGUGGUGGGAAAUCUACUGCAUUAUCUAUUAAGCUUACCUGAAAAGUGUAAUUAAAUAAUUUUAAAGAA